UUGAAAUUCUCAUAUGAUCUCUGAAUCUAUAGUUUAUGUUUGGGGAGGUAAUAUCUCUUAUAAACAUUCUAGCUGACAAUGAAGGACAAUUGGGAUUGGGCAAAAAUAGAGGAUCCUAAUACUACCACAUCCCUAAAAUUUGCCAUUACAAAAUUGGUUUUAUUUAAGUUUCUUGUGGCAAAGAUCAUACUGCUUUACUCACUUAGAAUGGCCAUGUCUAUACUAUGGGUUGCAAUGAACAUAAUAAAUUAGGGCAUUUGACUAAAUAAUCCUUAUAUGCUCCAUAAAAAAUUGAAUAACUAAGCAAGUACAAUCUUUUAUAUUAAAAGAGAGUUAUAUAAGUCUCCUGUGGUUACACUCAUACUGCCUGUAUUACAUCUGAUGGAUCCCUUUUUACUUGGGGAGAUAAUUCUGCUGGUCAAUUAGGGAUUAAACAGAAUGGUAAUUUAAACAAAGUUAAUACUCUUACUAAUUGUAUAUAAGUUUCAUGCGGUAAUAAACAUACAUUAGUAUUAACAGGUAUAUUCAUUAAUUUAUUUUUUAUAAGAUUCUUAAGAAUGUUUUGGAUUUGGAUUGAACGAUAACUCUUAAUUAGGAAUUUAAAGAUUAAAAACUGUGAUAGAACCUACGAAAAUUAAAUUACCUUCAAUAUAAUAAAUUUGCGCUGGAAAUUUGUUUUCUUUAUUCUUAACUUAAGAUGGAAUUGUCUAUAUUUGUGGAUUAGGUUUUGGGAAUUUAUAAAAGUUAAACUACAAAUGUAUAGUUUUAUAUAUAAAUAGAAAAAUUUAUAAAGAUUGAUGGUAAAAGCACUCCAAUAGGUUUGACUUCUACAAAUGAAUUGAUAUUUUUUGAAUUAGAUGAAUAACUAUAAAAUAUAAAAGACUUUUGUAUGGGAGAUUUGAUUGGAAUGUGUAUAGGAGAUAAAACUUAUUAAUGGUAAUUUGAUCCAGAAUAGAAGAGAAUUACUCAAUUAAAAUCAAUAGAUUAAUUAUAAUCUAGAUAAUUAAUACAUUUUUCUGCAGGAAAUAGUCAUUUAAUAUGCAUAGAAUAAAAAGGAUCUUCAUCUUUUAUAGAGAGUGUUUGUAGUUCAACCACAACACUAAGGGGAAAACAUGAGGAAAGAAGUAAAAGCAAUUAUACUGAAAAGCAAGAUGGAUCUUAGAAUUUAAAAAUUUAGCAAUUAGAAAAACAAUUAGAAGAGAAAGAUAGAUUGAUUUAGUAGAUGAAAUUAGAUUAUUAAACAAAAAUACAAUAAAUGCAAUAAAAAUAAAAAGAUAUGGAAGUAUAAUUGUAAAACAAAGAUAAAGAAAUAGCUAAAUUGUAAUAAUAAAUAUUAAAUUAUAAGAACUAUUGAGUUGCAUCGUUUAUAAGAAGAUAAUUAGAAUAAGAAUUCAGAUUCUGAGAUAUUAUAAUGCCAUGUAUAAGAUGAUGGAAGUGAUGAUGAAGACGAUGUUAAAGUUUUGAAAAAAUAAAUUUCUUUACCAUAUUAGUAAACAAAUCUCACUUAUCACACUUCUCAUUCUUAGUUACAAAAUUAUUCAAAUUAAUAGUAAGUUAAGAGUCCUGUAAAAUCUAUAAUACAAGAAAAUUAGUAUGAAGAUAGUCUGUAGAAAAAUAAAUUCUGUAAAACUGAUAAUGAUAGGGAUAAUAAAUACUAAUCUUUUGAAAAAUAAAAGAAAAAAGAAGUUUUGAAUGAAAGACCAUAAAGUUCAAUCAGAGAGAAAACUAAUAAUAAUAAUGAGAAGACAAAUCUUUCUACUAUAAAAUCAAGAUUAACAGAUUUGUAGAAAAAUAAAGAAUAGCUAGAAUAAAGAAUGAGACAAUUUGAAGAUCGACUUCGGGAAAAUAAGUUAUAUACUAAAUGA